AGUCACCAUGGUGGCAUACAACAGAUCAGCACAGUGGGAGCGGCGGUGGAGCUAACGCGCACCGCACUUUUCUGAGAGUCCGUAAGCGGAGCACCAUGUUUCGUCCGUGAGUGGCUUGGCCGUUUAAGAAAAAUAGAGGGGGGAAAAUGGGCACCGCGUUAUUGUCGGCGGGUUAGUCUUUCUGGCCCCACUCCCCCUCCUUUUUUUGUCUUUUUUUUUUUUUUUGUAGCAACGAGCAGAAUGGCGGUGAACAGUACAUAAAAGGGGAGGCGAGCUUAGUCGAGAGCAAGUUUGGCGAUUCUCGGUUGUCGCUCGGUCCAGUACCGGGCUGAAGCCAGGAGUCCACGCCGAGGGGAUAGUGUUUGUACAGGGGGUUUAAGCAGGGUCCUUGGGCCUGGGGCUCCGGGGCACUCCCAAAGCCUCCAGCCCCACUCGUCUCUUCGGGCAGACGGCCAAGUGGCUCUCGGAUCCUGGAGGAAGAGGAUUAAAUCGCACCGUCCACUUCCAAGACGAUGAAAAUGGCGUCCUAUGUGGAUAACAGCUUUCGGGAAGCGGUGAUGAUGAACCCGGCGGACAGAACGCAACAGGACCUGGAGAUUGUCUACUCCUACCUCCAUGGCAUGGAGGCCUUGUCCAACCUGCGGGAGCACCAGCUCAGGAUCAUGUGCGAGACGGUGCGCUACGAGAGACACGAAGCCAACGAAGUGCUCUACUACCCUGAUGACAUUGGAAGCUGCUGGUACAUCCUUUUGUCAGGUUCUGUGUUCAUCAAGGAAUCCAUGUUCCUGCCCAGGAGCAGUUUCGGCAAGCGAUCGGCAGGCAGUCUGAGGCGUGGAUGUGAGUGCAUCGUCCUGGAACCAUCCGAGAUGAUUGUGGUGGACUAUAUGGAUGAGAAUGAGGAGUACUUUCAGAGACAAGCCUCCCACCGCCAGUCCCGCCGCCGCUUUCGGAAGAUCAACCAGAAAGGCGAACGGCAGACCAUCAUUGACACAGUGGAUCCGUACCCCGCCGGGAAGCCGCCCAUGGCCCGGGGCUACCGCACGUUACCCGCAGACUUCAGCCGACUUCAUCUGGCCGACGGCUUGCACCCACAGGUGACGCACGUGUCCUCCAGCCACUCAGGAUGUAGUAUCACCAGCGACUCGGGAAGCAGCAGCCUGUCUGAUAUCUAUCAGGCCACCGAGAACGAAUCGGGUGACAUGGACCUGAGCGGCCUGCCUGAGACUGCCGUCGACUCUGAGGAGGACGACGAUGAAGAAGACAUUGAGCGAGCGUCAGACCCUCUCAUGAGCCGGGACAUUGUCCGAGACUGCCUGGAGAAGGACCCCAUGGACAGGACGGAUGACGACAUAGAGCAAUUACUGGAGUUCAUGCAUCAGCUGCCGGCCUUCGCCAACAUGACCAUGUCAGUGCGGCGUGAACUGUGCGCCGUCAUGGUGUUCGCCGUGGUUGAGCGCGCCGGUACCAUUGUUCUCAACGACGGCGAGGAGCUCGACUCUUGGUCCGUGAUUUUGAACGGCUCCGUGGAGGUGACAUACCCCGAGGGGCGCACGGAGAUCCUGUGCAUGGGCAACAGUUUUGGGGUGUCGCCCACCAUGGAGAAGGAGUACAUGAAGGGGGCCAUGAAGACCAAGGUGGACGACUGCCAGUUUGUGUGCAUAGCCCAGCAAGACUACUGCUGCAUCCUGAACCAAGUGGAGAAGAACAUGCAGAAGGUGGAAGAGGAAGGCGAGAUCGUCAUGGUCAAGGAGCACAGAGAACUGGACCGAACCGGCACCAGGAAAGGACACAUAGUCAUCAAGGGCACUCCGGAGCGUCUGACCAUGCACCUGGUGGAGGAGCACUCGGUGGUUGAUCCUACCUACAUUGAGGACUUCCUUUUGACGUACAGGACAUUCCUAUCCAGCCCUAUGGUGGUGGGCAAGAAGUUGCUGGAGUGGUUCCACGACCCCAGUCUCAGGGACAAGGUCACACGGGUGGUUUUGUUGUGGGUGAAUAACCACUUCAAUGAUUUUGAGGGUGACGCUGCAAUGACUCACUUCCUGGAGGAGUUUGAAAACAACCUUGAGAGAGAAAAAAUGUGCGGCCACCUGCGGCUGUUGAACAUCGCGUGCGCUGCCAAAGCCAAACCUCGCCUGGUGACGCUGACGAAAGCAUCCCGGGAGGCUGACCUUGCCUUCAGCCUGCUGGGAGGACAAGACAAAGGCUUCAGGGUCUUCAUUGACGCCGUGGAGGCCGGGAGCAAGGCGGCGGAGGCCGGGCUCAAACGAGGGGAUCAGAUCUUGGAGGUGAAUGGGCAGAACUUCGAGAAUGUCCAACUCAGCAAAGCCAAUGAGAUACUGAAGAACAACACGCACUUGUCCAUAACUGUGAAAACCAACCUUUUAGUGUUUAAAGAGCUGCUAACCAGACCCGAGCAGGAGCUUCACGCCGACGUGGAUGGCGAGGACGAGCACGACCGAAAGAACGGCGCGCCGCACCUGCCCAAGAUUGGCGACAUAAAAAAAGCCAGCCGCUACUCAAUACCGGACCUGGCGGUUGAUGUGGAGCAAGUGAUGGGCCUGGAGAAGGCCAGCAAGAAGGUCAAGAGCAACUCGGUGGGCGGACGCAACAAGCUCAAGAAGAUUUUUGACAAGACACUCACCAGCAUCCUGCCUCCCAAACCUUACAACGACGUUUGCGUGGGCCAGUCGCAGGACGACAGCAUUGUGGGCAUGAAGCAGUCCAAGCAGAUCCCGCCGGCGCUCCCCGUCAGCGGCAACCUGUCAUCGUCCAACCCCGACCUGCUCCAGUCGCACCACCGCAUUCUGGACUUCAACAACCAACCCGUGCCGGUCAACCUGAAUAUGUCUGACCAGGUGCUGCGGGUCUUUAAAGCGGACCAGCAGUCGCGUUACAUCAUGAUUGGCAAGGACACCACAGCCAAGGAGGUAGUGGCCCAGGCCAUCCGCGAGUUUGCGCUGACAGCCGCGCCCGAGGCCUAUUCGCUGUGCGAGGUAUCGGUCACACCCGAGGGCGUCAUCAAGCAGAGGCGGCUGCCCGACCAGCUCUCAAAGCUAGCCGACAGGAUACAGCUGAGCGGAAGGUACUACCUAAAGAGCAACAUGGAGACAGAGACGCUGUGCUCGGACGAGGACGCCCAGGACCUCCUUCGCGAGGGCCAGAUCUCGCUGCUGCAGCUGAGCACGGUGGAGGUGGCCACGCAACUGUCCAUGCGCGCCUUCCAGCUCUUCUGCGCCAUCGAGCCCACCGAGUACAUCGACGACCUGUUCAAACUUCGACCCAAGGCGGGCGGCGCCGCCAGCCUCAAGCGCUUCGAGGAGGCCAUCAACCACGAGACCUUCUGGGUGGCCACAGAGGUCACGCGGGAGGCCAAUCAGCUCAAGCGCAUGAAGACCAUCAAGCACUUCAUCAAGAUUGCGCUGCACUGCCGCGAAUGCAAGAACUUCAACUCCAUGUUUGCCAUUAUCAGCGGUUUGAACUUGGCUCCCGUCUCCCGCCUUCGAGGAACGUGGGAGAAGCUGCCCAGCAAGUACGAGAAGCUCUUUGGCGAUCUGCAGGACUUGUUCGAUCCCUCCAGGAACAUGGCUAAGUACCGAAACGUCCUCAACAACCAGAACCUGCAGCCGCCCAUCAUCCCGCUCUUUCCUGUCAUCAAGAAGGACCUGACCUUCCUGCACGAAGGUAACGACUCCAAAGUUGACGGCCUAGUGAACUUUGAGAAGCUGCGAAUGAUCGCCAAAGAAAUCCGCCACGUGGGCCGCAUGGCCUCGGUCAACAUGGACCCUAACCUCAUGUUCAGGACAAGGAAGAAGAAGUGGAGAAGUUUAGGCUCCUUAAGUCAAGGCAGCGCCAACGCAGCCGUGCUGGACGUUAACCAGGCGGGCGGCCACAGGAAGCGCGUGCGACGCAGUUCCUUCCUCAACGCCAAGAAGCUGUACGAGGAUGCACAGAUGGCUCGCAAGGUCAAGCAGUACCUGGGCAACCUCAGUCUGGAGACCAAUGAGGAGAGCCUGCAGACGCUCUCUCUGCAAUGCGAACCCUCUGUCAGCACACUGCCCAAGAACUCAGGGGUCCGCCGUGCCGACACUUCCCCCGUGGUGUCCAGAGCGGCCAGCCAGCAGAGGGGGCAACUGGCCAAAGGCUCCCAGGCCCUGCAGGUGCCCGCCGUGGCCCUGUACCCAUCGCGCAAGAAGGUGCCUGUAAAGGACCUGCCUCCCUUUGGCACCAGCUCCCCUCACUCGCUGAAGAAAAUCCUGUCUCUGUCGGAAGAGGCCAGCGAGCGCCAUCGCAGACAUCCCGACGAUGCCACAGCGUCCAACGCCACCUCGCAGCUCUCCUCUCCGCCCGGCUCACCACAGAGCUCCCCCAAGAAGGGUUUCAACCGCAUUGGCGACUCGUACUCUGACUGCAGUCAGAGUGGGAUGUCGUCUCGCUCCAGCCUUCUCAGCAACUUGUCUUUCGAGGACGAGCGGCGCCUGAGGCAUUCGGGGGGCGUCGGCGAGUCCCAUGUCGGUGGAAUGCGCCUAGAACGGCGAGCCGCCACCGAUCCCGACCAGUAUAGUCUAGGGUCGUACUCGUCGAUGCAGGACUGUAGGGGCAUCUAUGUGGGCUGCCCUACGGUGUUGUCGUCACCCAGCUCUGAGGAGCUGACCCAGGACCAGGGGGAUCGCGUGUCCCUGGACGCGGCCGAUAGCGGGCGCGGCUCCUGGACCUCUUGCUCGUCCGGUUCCCACGACAACAUCCAGACCAUGCAGCAAGGCCGCAGCUGGGAAACACUGGCCUUCAGUGGGGGGCUCCCGCCCGUCGGCGGUCCGGAGGCCCUACUGUGGGCGGCGCAGACACGGGGCAGCUGGGCGUCUGCCGGCUCCUCUUCAUCAUCGUCUGCCGCCUACUGGGGCGAAGACUCAGAAGGUGACACGGGCACCAUCAAGAGGCGAGGCGGUAAAGACGUCAACGCAGACGCCGAGACCAGCAGCAUCACGUCCACCGGGUCAGAGGAAGCUAAGCAGACGGGGAGGCCCUCACCCGUCACCGUUGCCUGUAAAGGACUCCUAUCUCGGAAAGAGGGGCGAUAUCGCGAGCCUCCCCCAACGCCGCCGGGCUACACAGCACUGACCAUUUCCGACCUGGCGGAUGGCCAGUCGGCGCCCCCUCCCGGACCGAAUUCCACCACAUCUGCGACGCCGACAAGCCGCCGUCCUCCCGACUACACUACGGCGCUGCAGCGCUCGCGCAUGAUCACGCAAUCCCCCGACUCGCAGGCCCAUCAAGCGGCGUCCAAGCAGAGGACCAGCAACCUCCGGUGCGUCCGGGAUGACGAUGACGAGGCGGCGGCCGAAGCGGAGGAAGAGGAGGGUGAGUCUCCUAAACUAGUCGCUCUGAGGAAGCCGAGGGCGCAGCGUACCCCCCGGCCCCCCCGACCUUGACAGUGUGUGUACAGGAGGGGCGCCCCCUCCCCCCCAUGGCAGAUGACGAACAGGUGUCGGCGGUCUGAGGCAAAAACAAACUCUUGGCCGUCCUUCUCAUCGUCAAGCUACAUACGUGCCUGCUCUGCCUCCUGAUUGGUGGAUUCCUCGUUGGCUCCUCCUCUUUCUCCCCGCCCCCCCCCGCCUUAAAGCAUCAUGGGGGGUUGACGGACCCUGCAUGCAAAAACAAAGAAAAUACUGUGAAGAAGAUGAUGAGGAGGUGAAAGAUAACAUGCCUGGCACUUUUUCGACGAUAUAAAGACAUUUUUAAACAUAAAAACAACAAUGUUGACAUCCAUCUGCACUAUAAAGAAGACAAGAAAAAAAACAAGCAGGAGACAUUUUGAGGACUUUCUCAAUUAAACGUUUGCGCUCCUGACCCGCUCCAGGAGGUUGGAACAAUGAUGCCAGUAUUAAUGUACGCGCACACAAAAAGGACAACAUUUCUCUCUCACACACACACACGCACACACACACUUGACGAGCACUUUCAGCACAAGACCUUGCGGACGCGCUCGUGGACGCCAGGGUAACGAUGACGACGAGGGGCGGGAUCCCGUCAUCUGCAGGGAUGCUGUUGGGUAUCCAAAAAGCACAACAAUAAUGACAACAGAGGGAAUCUGAAAAAGCCAGGACAUGGCGCCCUGAGGACUGGAAAGCUGUCAAUCAUGGCCCUAGUAGACAUUCCCUGUCAAGUUUGUGUGAAUGUUCAAAGCGCCUUACGACUGCACAUUCAUCACACAACGUGUACCCCAACUUCAAUGAGCAGAGUGAAAUGCCUUAUUCCUCAACGCAUUCUUUACAUCAUCGUCCCGCACCCCAACACACACAUACACAUGAACACAUAAAAGUGGAGAUCCCCACAAUCAGUAACACUAGGACUUGACUGAAGGACUUUUCUGUUGUUGUUGUUGUUGUUUUUGUAGACUUCGGUGAUGAAGGAAUGGAAUAAAAUAAAAGAAGAAAAAUAAGGCUACCUAUGAGAUCAAUGCCGAGGAGUGUUAAAGCCACACCCAAAUGAGAACUUAAAUACAUCAAAUAAGGUUGAAACUAACUAAUAACGGACUAAAUUUUGACCUCUGAGUGUCGACCAGAUGCCAGCAAUUAGGACGUUGUUACUAUAAAAGUUACAAAAAUUACAUAUGAAAUCUGUAUUGUAUUUUUUUUUUUUAAACAGUUGGACGUUUACAAGAUUGCAAGCUACAAAGAAAAAAAAAAGGCUCAAAUAUCCUGCUAAUUGAAUCAUGGCAAGCAAGAGUCUUAUUUGUUUAAUAAGAAUGAAGGUAAAAUAUGAAACUAUGAUAAAAAAAAUUCUGAAAAUAACUUGUAAAGUUUACCACAACAAAAUCCUAAAUUUAAGGGGAAACCUUUUCUUUCUUUCAAAAUAAGAGUUGUACAAAAUGCAAUAUUGCAAGCAUAAAAUGGUAAUGUAACCAAAAAUUCACAAAUGUCAGUAACAUAACAUAAUGAAGUUGUAGUUUUACAAGGAACAAGCAAAGGAGCCCACAAUAUCUCUGGUGGAGAAAAAAAGUCAUGAUUUAAUGAUCGUAACUUCAUAAUGUUAGAAUAAAGUUUAUUGAGGAUAAAAUCCCACUAUUAAUGGGAAAAGAAAAAAAACUGUCCAGAUUUUACCACAAAAAAUAUUUUUGCAGAAUAAAAUCUGAAUAUUACCAGAAAAGUUGGAAUUUUUACACUUAAAAUCAUAAAAUGUGAAUAUUGUGAAAAACAAGUGAGAAUAUAUAAGUAUUGCUAUAACUUUGCAACUUUUCUGGUCAAAUUUUGAUUUCUGCUCAAACUCUGGAUCCUAAUUUUCUAACUUGGUUUUCUGCGAAUGAAACAUUUUCCUGUAGUGUUCUUUUGAGUGUUGUGCUAAGACUCCUCGGGUGGUCCUCCAAUCAUAGAAUUUUGCUGAUCACAUUGAUCAGUUUGGUGACAAAAGAUAAAUAUAUACAUAUAUAUAUAUAUAUAUAUCAUUAAAAUGAACUAGACUGAGGGGGUGAGUGUUUUCCGCUGCGACAACACUAAAAAAAAGUUCUUUUUGUUACUGUGUGAUAUAUUUUUGUUUAGUUUUGUACGGGCCGCAUUUGAAGACGUGACAUUGCACAAAACGUGUCGGUUUGAUGUCGUUGGUAGAACUGCUACUGUUGUGAUGAUAAUGAUGAUGAUGAUAAUGACCAUGAUGAAGAUAACAUACAUGUGUACAUUUUAGCUGGUGAUGUUCUCCUUCCCUCUACUACAACUCACACUUGUAUGUCUUUUACAAAGACAAUCGGUGGAGUACGCGUCUCUUGUUCUUGUUUCUUUUUUUUGUAUUUUUAAUACAAUAAUUGUAAAUAUUGGUUCUAUUUUUGUUCAAACGUAUUAUGUUCAUGCCUCAACAUCCAGUUUUAUAUGAAGCUGGGAAUCAAUAAAUCCUGCAUACAGA